CUAGAUUUCAAAUUUCAAAAAUCGGCAAACAAAAAGGGUUGAUGUUGAUAUCGAGAAACGGUAUAAAUUUUUAAAGCAAGCGACUAUUUUACAACAGUCAGUUCUACACACUGGUAUAAGGUAAUUCAUUAGAACGAACGGUGGAUUAUAAUGCUGAUAUCUUGCGAUGAUGAGCGUCAACGAAACCAUUAUCAAAGAUGUCACGUCAGUUUCGGACGAAGAUCUGGCAAAGGAAUAUCGGUUACUGGCGGAUAGUUACCGGGCGUUGAAGUGUGAUUACGAAAGUGAAUUACAGAUCAAUUAUGAUUUGCGUCGGAACUACCAGACUGCAUCGGAAUCGUCUGCUUAUUUGACGGCCGAGCUAGAAUCUAUUGAUUCUGUGCACAAAGCGGAAUUGGCGGCACUCAAAGAUAAAUAUGUUUCGACGUUGACUUCACUGAAGGAUUCCAAUGCCGAUCUGAAACAGCAAAUUUCGGGGCUUGAAACGACGAUAGAUGAAUUACAGAAACAGAAGGAAGAUUUAAGAACGAAACUUGAUGAAGUUGAACUGACGAAAACAAAUCCCGAUAGCACCACGGGGAAUGUCACGUUAUCUUCGGAAAAGGAAGCAUUUCUUGAACGAGAAAAUGAAGAAUUAAAGCAACUAAUAUCCGACCAACAGGAGAAAAUUGACACUUUGGUGCUUCAAUUGACAAAUACAGAGAGCAUGCUGGAAAAUUGCAAAGAGAAGCUCGAAUGCUUGGAAGAUAAUUUGGACAGAAAAAAGCAAGAUUUAAUCGAAAUGCAAACUAUGAUGGAUGCUGCGCACGAGGAAAACAUGAAACUAAACUCAGAAUUGGCCGCUAUUCGAAGUGUGCCGGAUGAUGCAAACAAAAAAGGAAACUCUUUAUUUGCUGAGGUAGAUGAUCAACGACAGAAGCUGAUUGAAAUGCUUGAGACACAUAAAAAGCGCUACCGGGAGAUGAAAAAGCUUUAUUCGGAAAGUCAGUUUCAGAUUCGUCGGUUAACACGCGAAAACCGUGAGAUUUGCAAUGAGAUACAAGAUUGUAGCGAGCUGUUCCUCCGGGCGAACAGAAACUUUGAAGAUGAAUCUUCCAAACAAAUAAUCUUACUAAGAGAACUGAAUCAACGGUUGCAAGAUCAGCUGGGCUCGGCCGAACGAAGAUUAAUGGAAAAUGCCAGCGACACACCAUGGGUGGACUCGUUCGUUUCAUUUUAUAAGAAUGAAAGUUCUACUCUGAAGACACAACUCUUUCAGCUACAGAUGUCGAAACGGAUAGUAGAUGAAAUAUGCUGGGAUGCACAGUGUGAUCUUGCCAAAUGGCGUUUUGAAGCACUUAAGUCGCGAUAUAUCAUCAUUAACCGGGAAUCGUUGCUAGAGGAACACGGCAUCGAAUUUUUGCCGUUCGAUACCAUGGAAGCAGGGAUCCAUAUCAAUGAGAUGCUGGUGGCAAAGGCAAAGCCUCACAUAGGAUUUUAUUCUAGUAAAGCUUCAGUUCCUUCAACCGAAGAUCGUUGGAAGGAAUUGGAUUUGUUAGCAGAUUUGCAUGUCAGCCCUAAAGUUCCUGUAGUUCAAGGUUCGAACACUCAACCGAAAUUGAUGUUGGCACCGCCUCCACCCACAACUGCGUCCGUUCGUCCUACAGUCAAAGAAGAAAUCUUUUCGCCUUUGGCUACUCCUCUGGUUACUCCAGUUCCGUCUCCUAAAUCAGUUAAAAAGGAAGAAUUGUAUUUGGCGGGCUCGUCUACUGCCGAGAAAGACGGUACUCUCAAAUAUAGGGAUAUAAUUUUUAAUUCAAAGGACGCUCCAAUUGCUAAUAGCUAUAAGAAGAAACAAUUCGCCGAGAUGAUUGCCAAAACUGCCGCAACGACUGCUGCCGAUGGCAAAGGAAAGGAAAAUGUUCCACAGUUGGAAAGUGAAACCGAUGUUACCCCACAGCAGCAAACGUCUCAAAACAAUGUUUACGGUUGGAUAUCGGAGAAGCGUACUAAGAACAACAUCGUCAUCAGACGGUUCAAAUUCCCUGAGCGAACUAAUUCGGCCUCUGCAUCAAAGUAGUGGGGCAUCAUGCAGGCAAAUGUGUUCAUACCAUGAGGAAAUUAAAUGUGGGCUUUUGGAAAAUGUGCAUAUGUUUAUGUGUGAAUUUAGGAUUUGAUUUUUGUACAAAAACUAAAAUAUUAUUUUAUAG